CCCUGUGGUAAGAGGCGGGCCGGAGCCUUCCCCCCUUUUUGCCCCUCGCGUCGCGGGGGGGCCGGCUAACCGGUAACACGAUGAAAGAAGUAGAAAUAAGGAGGCUCUUGGCUGCGAACCUCCUCUGCGUGUUCGCAGUUAUCCUGACAGCGGUCGUUCCGGGUUUCUUCUGGGAAGGAUUCACAGUCUUGGGAACACACCUCGCGUGGCUGUGUAUUUGUUCUGUUUGUGUUGGUACCGUUAAUGUAAUCUUGCACUUAGUCCUUAAGCCAAAUCAUUCUCCUAAGAGAAGUUCUUUUGCUCACAAGAUAUCCAGAUUUCUAAAAUGCUGUAUAUACUUUUUCAUGUCUUGCAUAAUAUUUCAUGCCAUUAUUGUUCUGUAUGGAGCACCUCUUAUAGGGUCAGUGACUGAGACGUUUUUGUUUUCAGUUUUGCUCUCUACCUUUACUACUUUACAAUGCUUGUGUAUGCUGGGACCAAACACCCAUGCAUGGAUACGGGUAUUUAGUAAAAAUGGAGCUACGUCCAUCUGGGAAAGCAGUUUACAAAUUACUACUGUGUGCAGUAUACUUGGAGCUUGGUUUGGAGCAUUUCCUAUUCCUCUUGAUUGGGAUCGGCCUUGGCAGGUAUGGCCCAUUUCCUGUUCCUUCGGAGCUACUUUUGGCUAUGUGGCUGGUCUGAUUAUUGCACCUCUGUGGCUAUACUGGAACCGGAAGCAGCUUACAUACAAAAGCAGAUAACUGGAGCAAAGAGAGACAAGGUAUUUCUUUGUGCAGAUUCCAUACAGACUGUGCAAAAAUUGGGGGGUUUUUAUAAGAUAUAUAUAUUUAUGUAUAGUCAAAGCAGAAGACUGUCCAAAUUCAUUUAGAGUAUUUCAGGCCAAGCAUCUCCACUCGCUAAAAUCACAUAGAUGCUGUUUCAGCAUGGUGCAGUUUUUGCUUCCUCUAGACUAUGUAACCCUGAGAGAUUGUACCUUCCAGUCUGAAUAAAAUACUUGUAACAGAUGCCGUGGCUUCUUAUUA